CAUCAGCCCCCUUAGUGAGGAGCUUCUUUCGAUAGCACUAUUGUAUCCUCUAAUACCUCUUGUCCUGAUUGACGAGUAUAUUUCCUGGUUCCUUCCUCGGAGCUCAACCCCCCGGAUUCUUUUCUUCUUUCAAUCUUUGUCUCUGUUGUUCAUCCUCCGGCGCCCGUCACCGCGGGGGUUUUACUUUAGUACGAGAGGGAUUCUCCCUCGACAAAAACUUCCUCACUGCGCCGAAAUACUAUUUCCAAAAAGCCAAGUGAUCGCGUCCUACGAAAACCAGACCGAACCAACGACUCCUCGUAUAUUCGCGUCCGUUCAAUACAUGACGAAUCGAUCCGAGUAGCUUUUCUCUCGACAAAUCAUGUCCUGCCCAGCUUGUUUCAGUGGUUCGACCCACGACCACGCCGAACCCAGAGGGACCAUCGAAACCAUCCACGGCGUUCGUACCUACGUCGCGGGCGGUAGCGAUCCGUCCAAGAGCAAAUCGACCAUCAUAUACCUGCCCGACAUUUUUUCCUUGAAACUCGUCAACAACAAGAUUCUGGCCGACGACUAUGCCACGGCGACGGGGUGUACAGUGUACAUUCCAGACGUCGUCUACGGAGGUGGCAUGUCCCCGUCCCUCAUGGACAAAAUGAACGUCGUCUUGACUCCCAACCCGACCUGGACCAUCGGAGGGGUCCUCUCCAAGAUCUACGCGGCCAUCACCCUCAUCCCUCAAGCCGUCCCCUUCAUGAUCCUCGCCGACCCGAAGAAGGUGUACCCACAGAUCCUGGGUUACGCCCGCGGCGUCAAGGCCGACCUGCCGGCCGGGGGCAAACUGGGCGUCUGCGGGUUCUGUUGGGGCGCGUGGCCCAGCACGAAGCUGUGCGUCGAGACCGCGACCGAGGCGGUACGGGAGGGAGGUAGUGGCGCCGACGACAGAAGCACCGUCAGACUCAUCGACGCCCAAUUCAACGGUCACCCAAGUUACAUUGUCAAGACACCUCAGAUGAUCGUCGACGCCGUCAAAAAGUUCAAGGUCCCCUACACCGUGGCCGUGGCUUCCGACGACAUGCAGUUCAACAAGACCGAGGCCGAAAAGGUCGAGGCCACACUGAGAUCCGAGGUGGGCGAGCCCGGUGGCUCCAAUCCACAAGGAUACGCGUACGAGUUCAGAAUGUACGACGGCUGCGUGCACGGCUUCUGUGUGCGUGCGCCCGUGGGUAAAAAGGACGACGUCAAUGAAAAGGGGUUCUUCGAGAGUAAACAGCAGGCCAUCGAUUGGUUCAACAAGUACUUGAAUUGAAAGGUAUUCCUUUUUCCUGUUUUUAAAAAAAACCUUUCGCUCGAAAGAAAAUAACAUGCCGAGUAACUGUUUGACGGAAGCAUGCAUAAGCAAAGUACCCAGAUACACACGAAACAUUUUUUGGAACAUUCUCAAUUUCGGUUCUCACGAUUUCAGACUUGGAGCGAAGUUGUUUGAAGCCGUAUCUUGCACAUCCUUCGACUCCCCUCUCCUCGCUCUCGUCGUGGACAAGGGUGAGACAUGAUGAGAGGGAAGCAGGGCGAAUCAAAUUGUUGAGAAAGGGGUCUGAGUUGUCACUUGGCCUUGUACGAAAUGGC